AUGUUCAAAUCGGGAAAGCCAUAUUUCGGCCUUCGAGGCGGAUGGCUAACAUUCUGGAUCACGCUGGCCUGUGGUGCCGACAUGACCCUCUAUGGAUAUGACCAAGGAGUCUUCAGUGGAGUCGUGAUCUCAAAAGACUUUCUUCGACUGCACAAUCUUGAAGGGCCAUCUAAGACGACUUUACUCGGCACUGUCACCGCUAUCUAUGACGUGGGCUGCUGUCUCGGAUCGCUCUCCGCCUACUGGCUUGGAGAGCGGCUGGGCCGCAGAAACACCGUCUUGCUGGGCACCACCAUCAUGUCAAUUGGUGCUCUUCUGCAGGCCAGCUCCUACAGCCUGGGCCAAAUGAUGACGGGUCGAAUCAUCGCCGGAGUCGGCAACGGUCUCAAUACAUCGACCGCACCCAUUUGGCAGGUUGAAACAUCGAAAGUCCAGUUGCGAGGGAAAUUGGUCAUCCUAGAGAAUGUCCUCGUACUCGUGGGCUUUUCUCUUGCCAAUUGGCUUAACUACGGUCUCUCUUUCGCCAGUGGUCCUGUUUCAUGGCGCUUUCCCUUAUCAUUCCAAUUCGUCUUUAACAUACUUUUAUUUUGCACAGUUCCAUGGCUACCCGAAUCUCCUAGAUGGCUUAUCGCCCAUGGUCGUGCAAAUGAGGCUGUACAGAUUAUUGCGGAUCUUGAAGAUAAGGACAGCAGCGAUGCUUUUGUUCAGCUUCAAAUGAACGAGAUCCAAUACAGCGUAGAGUACGAGCGAGCAAAUAGUGUCAGCUUCAGCGACAUUCUGCGUGGACGAGCCCAUGAAAAGUCGGGCACAAAGACAGUCCGCCGUCUCAUUCUUGGCAUGGGAGCUCAAGCGAUGCAACAAUUUUCGGGCAUCAAUGUGACUUCCUACUAUCUGCCAACGGUACUCACCAAGUCCGUCGGGUUGGACGAGUCUUUGGCAAGGCUUCUCACAGCAUGCAAUAGUGUUCAAUACCUACUCUUCUCCAUGGUCGGCAUCCCGAAUGUCGAGCGAUGGGGUCGUCGAAUGCUUAUGAUGUUCGGCGCAGCAGGGAUGUGCUUCUGCUACAUCUUUAUCACGGCUCUCAUCCGGUACAAUGAGAUGCCUGGCUAUGCUCAUCGGCAGGAAGUGGCUUCGGCAUCUGUGGCCUUUUUCUUCUUGUAUUAUGUUUUCUUCGGGAUUGGCAUGCAAGGUGUGCCGUGGUUGUACCCCACUGAAAUCAACUCGCUCACAAUGCGGACCAAAGGAGCUGCGCUGGGAGCAGCUACAAACUGGAUCUUCAAUUUCAUGGUUGUCGAGAUUACUCCAACCGGAAUUCAAAAUCUAGGCUGGCGCUUUUACAUCAUUUGGAUCGCUUUGAACGCGGCUAUGGUGCCCGUGGUUUAUAUGUUUUAUCCGGAGACAGCCGGCCGCACUUUGGAGGACAUGGAUGACUACUAUCGCGGCAAUCCUCCUCUUCUGGCCUGCCUUGACAAGGAAGCAAUCUCUAGCAAGCGUCCCGAGAGAUACCAAUCUCGAGAUGAACAUAUCAUUCGGGCCAAAGAAGGAGGCGAGACGGCGCAACACCUGGAAACAACAGAAGAUGUCGAAACUUGA